AUGGCGAAUCUGAGUUAUGUUCAUAUCGAAGAAACAGUGGAAGAUCAAGGUCCUGCAUCCACUGCAAUCCAGAGAAGUGAAACGAGAUCAUCGAAUCAUGUUGAUAAUUCAGAUCCAGCAAGUCCUUAUUUCUUGCAUUCCAGUGAGAAUCCCUCACUUGUGCUAGUCUCAACGCUGAUGAAUGGUAAGAAUUACCACGGUUGGGCUAGGGCCAUAAAGAUGGCAUCGAUAUCGAAAAACAAGUUUUCUUUUGUAAAUGGGGACAUAUCAGCUCCAAAUCCAUCAGAUUCUCAGUAUGCGGCAUGGGAAAGGUGUAAUACAAAUGGUUCUCUCAUGGAUGAACUUUACAGAUUGCGUCAGGGUGAUAGCUCUGUGUCAGACUACUACACACGGAUCAAGAUCCUAUGGGAUGAGCUAGAAGCUUUGCAACCAACUCCAACAUGUACGUGUGUUCGUCCUUGCUACUCAAUAGCUUCAGAUGUGAAGAAUAUUCGUGAGAAAGAUUACUCAAUUCGCUUUCUCAAAGGACUGAAUGAUCAGUUCUCAAAUGUUAGGUCUCAGAUAAUGCUAAUGAAUCCUUUGCCUUUAGUCAACCGUGUCUUUUCUUUAAUAAUGCAGCAAGAGAGACAACUGCAUUUGGAAGGAGUUUUUAAUAAUCAAGAAGUUCAUAAAGCCUUCUACAAUUCCAAUGAGCAAGUACAAGGCAGAGUACGCUUUCAGGCACGAGGCAGAGGACGUGGUAGUUUCACUGGGAAAGGAAGGUCAGGUUCUUCAAGACUUUGCACCUACUGUGGUAAGACAAGUCAUAUAGUGGAAACUUGUUUUGAGAAACAUGGGUAUCCCCCUGGUUAUAAGCAAAAAGGGGCAACUCACAAAGCUAAUGUAGCAGUUGUGCCAAAAGAUCAGAUGCAAGCUUCGAUGGAGGGUAUAAGAAAUCCUUCACAUAUUGAUUUGCAAGAUGGCUUUACCAAUAGUCAAUACCAAACAACACUUGAGAUGAUUCAGCAAUCACUCCAAUAG